GCCCGUGAGCGGAGACGAGGCUCGUUUAAUAUUCAGUGCACAAGGCGAAGGAGGGAGAAGGGAGGGAGGGCAUAGAGUGAAAUAGAGAGAAAAAAACGAGGCUGUGAAGACAGGCGAAAACACAGAAAGAGAGGAGGAAGAGUGGAGCGGAGCGGAGAGACACAUCUUCUGUCCCUCUCGGUCUACCCUCUGGCAUCCGUCUGUCCCAGGCAGUUUCAGAGCUUCUGUAGAACAUUCCAGAAAUACAGCCAUGGACCACAAUGAACAGUAAAACUUGGAUGGAAAAACAGAGAGAGAAACCUAGUGGAAAUAAACCAUACAUCUCAAAUCCAACCCUGCUCUGAUGCUGCUUUAAGGACUGAGCCUGCAAACUCUUUCCUCUUCCCUGACUGAUGAUUUAACUGAGAGUAAUAGCCCACAAAAUCUAGGCUAUGCUUUCUGAACAACAGCCCUAAAUAUAGUCUCGCUGUUUACCCAUUGAGCAAAUUCUUAACAUUUAUGUGAAUUGAAUUGGUUUCAACCUUCUUCACCAUGACAAGGACUCAGGGAUGCCAUUGUCAUCCUUUAUAACAAGAGCCUGUGUUAUUAUUUGAAAGAGUCAUUGUGGCACACUUUCCAAUGGGUUUAGUAGCCAUUAAAGCUUUCAUUUAACUCUCAGCUCCUUGUCGAAACGUUGUCCUUCACAAUCCAAAACGAGACCCUGUGACCCUGUGACCCUGUGGAAGCGGCAGAAAGUGGACAGACACACCCUCUCCGCUCAGACGCCGUCCAGUUGGUGCGGGCGGUGAGAGCUGAGGCGCGAUUGGUUGAGUGCAGGGUGGGUGUGCGAUGCGGAUUGGAGGAUGUCGGGGGACUUUGAAGACGACUUUUGUAAGAAGGCGUUGGUGCUGGUGGAGGAACUGUGCUUCCGGUCUGGAGGCCUGAGCCAGAGUGCCAGCUGUCAAGAGUUCAGCUACAUGAUGAGAGGACCGAACAGACAGCUGAACACAGAGAUCUCAGUGAGUCUGCUCUCCGUCAUUGUAACGUUCUGUGGCAUCGUGCUGCUCUCUGUCUCUCUCUUCGUCUCCUGGAAGCUCUGCUGGUUGCCAUGGAGAGAUAAGGAAGGCGGGGGUCUGAACUUGAUGUCGGGGCUCCUGCCCGGCGGGGCCGGUCUGGGUGGGGUCGGAGGUGGAGGGGGUGCCUCUCUCCUUCCUCCGUUGUUGCAGAGGAAAGAUACUCAAUCCUCUUCCUCGCUGUAUCCCACGCUCUCGCAGCAUGGCCAGCAUCACCCCCAUUUCUCUGACCUGAUGGGGGUGGAGGGUGGAGGGGGGCUGGUCGUGGGGGGUGUGGUUGGGGGUCCACAGGAGAUGCAGGAGCAAUCUUACCUAGACAUGGACUCUUAUCCUAACAAUGCUGCAAACCUUAAGUUGAGCCAGACAUCUCCCGAGUUGCCCCCAGCUACAGAAGGAGGCUCAGCUGUGAAAGACCUGCCCAAUGCCCACACCCAGCAGCAGGUCACCACCAGGCCUAAGCCCAUGACUCACCAGCUUUCCAGCCCUGAUUUCCAUGGUGAGGAGAAGAGUGAGCAGCUGACCAGCAUCGGGCAGAUCAAACCAGAACUUUACCGGCUGCGCCAGGGAGACCAGGGGGAUGGCAAACAAGGCGACACCUGCGGCAAAAUCAGCUUCCUCCUGCGCUACGCCUUCAACACGGAGCAGCUGGUGGUUAAGAUACUGAAAGCCCUGGACCUCCCGGCAAAGGAUGCCAAUGGUUUCUCCGAUCCUUAUGUCAAGAUCUACUUACUGCCUGAUAGGAAGAAGAAAUUUCAGACCAAGGUGCACAGAAAAACUCUCAACCCAGUUUUUAAUGAGACGUUCCAGUUCGGCGUGCCGCUGGCCGAGCUGCACUCGCGCAAGCUCCACUUCUCCGUCUACGACUUCGACCGCUUCUCCAGACAUGACCUCAUAGGUCAAGUGGUGGUGGAAAACCUGCUGGACUUCAGCGAGGGCACCGGCGAGAAGCCAAUCUGGAGAGACAUCGUAGAAGGAACCGCGGAGAAAGCUGACCUGGGCGAGCUGAACUUCUCACUGUGUUACCUGCCAACAGCUGGCCGACUGACCGUCACCAUCAUAAAGGCCACCAAUCUGAAAGCCAUGGACCUCACGGGCUUCUCAGAUCCGUACGUAAAGGCAUCUCUGGUUUGUGAAGGUCGAAGGCUGAAAAAGAGGAAGACGUCCAUAAAGAAGAAUACUCUCAAUCCCACGUAUAAUGAGGCGCUGGUCUUUGAUAUCCCCAACGAGAACAUCGACAACGUGUCGCUCAUCAUCGCCGUCAUGGACUACGACUGUAUCGGUCAUAAUGAGGUGAUAGGGAUGUGCCGUGUGGGCAGUGAUGCUGAUGGACCGGGAAGAGAGCACUGGACAGCCAUGCUGGCGAAUCCCCGCAAGCCUAUUGAACACUGGCACCAGCUGGUGGAGGAGAAAUCUAUAAACACAUACGUGUCAAAGAGUGCCGCAGCCUCCCCUAAACCACACAUAGUGGUGGACAGCCCUCACUCUGAGUAGAGAUGUCAGCAUUAUCUUUUUAGCAACAGAAAUACAUUCUUUCUUUUCACCUGUGAAUAAUUAUUCAUCAAGAAAGAACCAGAGAAGAGACUGUGCUUGUGGUAGUGCUAUUCCUCUAAGUCAACCCUGCAGACCCAACACAAUAUAAUAGAGAGAAAUAACUAGACUAGACCGGUCACAAAUCACACACUUACAUACAGAGAUACAUCUCCACACACACACACACACACACACACACACAAACACACACACACAUGAAAUCAUAACAAAACAACUGGCAUGGAUGGUUUUUCUUCAGGAAUGAUGUUGAAGUCUAAAUAUGUCAUGAUUUAUUCAGGGGACAUAUGACAAACAUUCCCAAAUAGAUAAUCUUUAUUUAGUUAUUUGAAACUGAGCCUACACAAAAAGAGAGAUUUUAAUUAUUUAAAAAAAUAAUAAUAAUAAUAAUCAGGAGAGACCUGAUAGAUUAUGGACCACGAAUGUUUCUGUGUAUGUGUGAGCGCAUGUGUGUACGUGAGUUUGUACGGGUGUCUGUGUGUAGCUAUAGAAAAUCUCUACAAGGUGUUUUCAGUCUGACAAGUAGCUGCAAGUUCUUGGAGUGGUCUUUUCUGCCAAUGCAGAAUCCUUGCAACUGUUUCCCGUUUCUCUGGAGAGGAGGACUACUUUAUGACCGUUCCCGUCUGGCGAAGGAGAAAUAAGGAUGGAUACAUUGGCCAAAUCGUGUCGUGCAGUAUAGAAAUGUGUCCCUCUGCCUUUUACAUUUUUAUCACCUUCUGUUUGGAGUUCAAUGAGAUCAGCAGUUUCCUUUUUUCCUUCAUUUACUAGAGUCCAGCCAUUCUUCCUGUUCUACCAGAUACUGAAUGAAACGAUUGGAGAGUGUGUUUCCGUGACAUGGACCGUGACACUGGCAGACUGAAUCCCACUGAGAUCUCUUCCAAAGGGAGCGAUCAUUGAUUUCAAAUAUUGCCAAAGGACCCUAAAUGGGACGGACUUUGGAUUUGUGUGCACUUCCUGGAAACAUAUCCUACGGGGAAAAAGAUCUGGCCAUAGUAUUUUAUUUUUAUACCACGCCAGGAUUUUUUUUUCUCUUAGACAUUUUUAAUUUUAAAGGAGGAAGUGUGUGCUCUCCAUCAUCAUUCUGCCAAGAGGACCACUUUGGAAAGACGCACGCAUUCAUCCUCUUUUUUCCUCCCAUGUAUCCUAUGUGUUUUUUGUGUCGAUACGCGUUUGCUCGUCGGUUUGUGUGUGCGCGUGUAUGUCUGUGUCAGUAUAUGUCACCGUGACCCCGUGUAUGUCUCCACUUCCCAUCCUUUGUCCCGCGCAGAGAAAAUCUCGUUUUGAACAAUCAGUCGUCUCCUGUCCUGUGUCUUAGAGGAACUAUUUCUUGUGUAGGACCUGUUGCACUUGGUAGGGACAGGGUCUAUUUGUCAGACGCGCGUUUCGGUGGUUCUCCGUUGAAUGUGGUAGUGACCUGUCCCUGUUGUGUCCCUAGCCUGAUCUGUGUUCUCGUGUUGGGUGUGCUUCUCUUUUUUUUGUUAAUGUGCUCUGUGUGUACGAGGGGACAAACCUGGUGGCCACAGCUGUCGAGGAAUAAAAUGUUGGAAGUUUUUCAUUGUCUUUAAACAAAAAAAAAGAAAAGGAGUCAAAAAAGAACAACUGGUUCUUCAUCUCUUUUGGCUAAUGUGACUAUCUUUCCUGUCUGAGCAUUCCUUGCAAACAGAGACAAAGAGGGGGACACGUCUUUUAUUGUUUUAGGACUACAAGAUUACUUUUACAUUACAAACUGACUUCUGAGGCUUUUCUUUUUGAACACAUUCAGUAAAGUCACUGCUUCUCUAGUCAGAAGCAGUAUAGUGGCCAAAGCACUAAAUUCACAUACCCUUGAUAUCCAGGCUCACUGCCUCUAUUAAAAGGAUAAUUCACCCAGAAAUGAAAAAUCUGUCCUUGUGCCGUUCCAAACCUGUAUGGCUUUCUUCUGUGGAACACAAAAUCAAUUUUUUCUUCACAAGAUCCUUAUACAUUGAAAUCCAAUGGGGUCCAAUAUUGUUUUUGGACACCACUGGCUUCAAAAUAUCCUCUUUCGCAGAAGAAAGAAAGUCAUGCAGGUUUGAAAUGAUGGUGCAUAAAUGAUAGCAGCAUAUUUAAUUUAAGAUGAACUAUCUCUUUAAUAUCGCAGUACAAGCACUGCCAAUGCGACCACACUCGUACCUCACUGGAGGAAUACUGCAUUACCAAUCACUAACACUCGUGUUAUUGAAAUGUACAUCGGUAUAAUUAUUUCCCCCUGAGCUCAUAUUUUAUCUGUUUCCAUUAUUAAUCACAUGCCAGGCCUUGGACUCUCUCUCUCUCUCUCUCACACACACACACACACACUCUCGCAGGUGUGUGCUUGGUCCUUAGUCCGUUAUCGUAUAUCAGCUCUUGUUGUUUUCUAAGAGGCCAUUGAUUCCGUCAUCCACGUGUAUGUGGUAUCGACCCGCAGUCUUCAGCGCCUGUCUCCAGGCCCAUCUCUUCUGCUGCCUUAGAUCUUACACUGUGGAGGCAAGAUCCCUAUAGAGUGACCUCUGACCCCGUCAUCAGCUCCCACACAAUACAAGCUUUCUCUUCAGUUCACCCCAGGCCAUAAUUUUCUCUCAGUUUGUCUCCCCUCUUUCCUCUGUCUCUCUGUGUCAGUGCAAUUCUGAAUGAUCCUGAGGAAAUGUGUUUGCAUGCUUAUAUUAACAUGGAUGAUGUCAACUUGAUGCAAUGAUAAUUUAAUAAGUGAUGCUCAACACACACACAAAAAAAAAAAAACUAUGGUGAACGAUGAACUUGAUACUAACACUACUAAUGACAAACAUGUUGACCUAGCAACCUGUUGGAGAUCAUCAAAACACUGAUGAUUAAUGUUGUUAAUAUUGUAUAUCCUCUUUGAGAUGGUAUUACAGUUGCUGGAUAUAUUUUUCUUUUUUUGAUUUUUUGGUUUUCUUUGAAAAGGUUUACUUUUUUAUAUGUUGAGAAUAAGCUGAGACUUAGAGCAAGAUAAAAUGAAAUGCAGUCAGGAUGAGAACAUUUCAGCUGAAAAAAAAAAUACUAAAACAAAAAUCUAAAUUAAAAAGAAAAAAAAAAAAGACCAAAAAAAACUUUUAGGAGGAUGAUUAUGUGAUUGAUAAAAAGGAUGAUUUAAAGGCUGGAGCGAUGAUUGCUGAAAUAAAAUCUGUAUGAAAAAUCA